AUGGCUAAAGCUGGACGCGUGCUUGAAGACCGCCUGUUCUUCCUGCACCCGUGGUUCCGCCGAGUGCGAAGAGAGACGACCGACAACAGCGAGUUCACACGGCAAAUCCUCGUGAGCGUGCCUGGCCGAGCCGGGCAAAAGAGGGUCCCGGGGGUCCAGGCUGUAAAAGAAGUUGUGAACUGGUUGUGUAUGGUGCUUUUCGGAGUCCUGGCGCUUCCGCUCACAAGCUCUGAGGGCCGGCGGCCAGGGGCGGCCAUCGUACGUGCUGGGAUGGACCGAGAAGACAGCGAGGCCUUGGAGCGGUUGGGCUUCUCCAAGGAGACCCGGAAAUGCAAAGACGUGAGCUUCGCGCAGCGCAGCCGCUUGCGCCACGAGUGCGGGCGCCUGCUGCGCUUUGCCCGGCUUGUGGAUCUGCUCUGCACCGAAACCUUGGUCGAGGUUUUAGACGCCUCCAUCACGGAAGUCGUGCGCAGCAUCACCCCAGAAGAAGGCAGAUGGCCUGGUUCUGUGGUGCUAAAAGUGGCUGCUGCAGCCUGUGCCGACCACACGGCCCAGAGCCUCGCCGUCCAGCUGUGCCCCAGCGCCGCAGAGCUGCAAGCGGAGUUCAUCAACUGGCUACGGCACGGCUGUGAUCUGGCCACGUUUUUCACCCGCAACUACUCAUCAGCAGCUCCCUGA